GUUGUGGCGUGAAACUCAAGAGGGGAUCAUCCAUAUUACGCUUCGGUCUCCAGAGUAAGGGCUGUUUUUGGUGGCAGACGCCUGCAUUCUACAUCCAUUGGUUUACAGCUUCAGCGUUUUAGCUAGUCAGCUCCACCCUCACUCUAAGCUUCCGCUAGUCAGCGUUUUAGUUGUUUUAACAACUCUCUUAGCUGGUUCGUGUAACCAGAACGUGCGAGCAGACGAGACCGUUACAGAGCUAUGACUCAGGUCGCGGCCUCUUAGAAAGCCCAAUUGAGGAACCGUCCGCUUUCCUUCCACGCAGUAAAGAAACAGAAGUGUUUCUCUUAGAGUGUCCUCGUAGUUAAUUCCCCGCCUCCAUGUUCAAUCAGUUCCGCCCAGGCUCAGGCGGGGGCGGAAGAUCCGGGGGGGGCGGGGCAGCGCCCGCGGUACAGUCGAGCGGAAGGAGCGCGGGUGGCGCCAGCGCGGGAACCAGCGCGAUGGCGGAGAGCCGCCAGUUUUCUGCGGCGUCGGCGGAAUCACGGGAUAGCGCAGGGCGCAGCGAUCAGCGCGGGAAGCGCUCGCUUCCAGGGGGGAUUGGCGCGUUUCCGCUAGUUGCGCUAGUUGGCGCUGUCGGCUCUGGCGUCGCGGCGCUCGUGAUGCAUCUCCGCGGGGCGGAGCAGAAGCGCGCCGAGCUGGAGCGCCACGUCAGCUUGCUCCAGAAACAGCUGGCGAAACAGCAGGGUCGUCGGCACAAUAGGAAGCUCGUUAAGAGCACUAGCGAGGGAGAGGCGGGCGCGGAGGGGGAGGGCACAGCAGACUCGGACGCGGAGGACGCAGCACCCGCGGACGGUGCUGCUGCUUAUAACGAAGCGGCGGCGGCGGCUAAUAACGAGGCGGUGCGCGCGGAGCUGAUGGGCGCGGUGCAGGCGCAGGCGGAGGCGGUGGCGCGGCUGGACGCGGCGAUGGGCGCGCUGCAGGAGGAGGUGGCGGAAGGGCGGAACGCGUCGCUGCUGCUGCUGCUGGAGGCGGAAGAGAAGUACCAGAAGGCGAGCGCGGACGCGGAGGGCAUGGCGGAGGCGCAGCAGGCGCUGAGGGGGGCGGUGGAGGGCGUGCAGGGGGAGGUGCAGGCGCUGGGGGAGAGGCAGGGGGAGGUGGCUGCGCUGACAGGCCAAGUGAAGUCCAUCCAAGCGCUAGUCGACGUGCUUCAGCAGCAGCAGCAGCAGAGCGCCGGGAGCGGCACGGGCAAGGCUGCUGCAGCGGCGGCGAAUGGUGACGCGCAUGGGGCGCACGGGGUGCAGGGGGGGGCGUGGCAGGAGGAGCUGCAAAGGCACGUGCAAGAGCUGCGGCUGUUUGUGGAGAGCCGAUGCGGCGAUGCUGUUGCUGCCGCUAAUGUCUCACUCAAGACUCUCGAGCAGCAGCUAGAAGACUACCAGUCAUCCUUCGAGACCCACUCAACGCGUGUAUCCGCUGUAGAAGCAUCCCUGCUGCAGACACAGCAGCAGCAGCAAGCAGGUGGUGCUGGCGCUGGAGGAGGGAGUGAGAGUGAGAGGGAGGAGAGAGAGAAGGAAAGGGAGAAGGAGAGGGAGGAGGUGGAAGCGAGAAGGGAAGCCCGACUGGCAGCUACCGAAGCUGCGGUCGCCUCAGUGUCAGAACUCCAAACCAAACUGCUUGCUAUGGAAACCUCCCUAGAAGCCGCUUUAGAGGCCAAGAUUCUCAAGACUGUUACCGAAACAGUGGAAUCUACUCAAAAGGCGAACAGUGAGAGCAACGGAAAGACCAAUGAGAGGGUAACUACCCUUGAAACGAACCUGGAAGAGCUGCAAGUGAACCUUGGAGAUGUGGAGGGCAGCCUGGGAAAAGUUCAGAUCCGUGUCGGGCACCUCGUGGAAAAGUUUUCGCCGUUGGAUGAGGAGAUUGGGCAGCUGAAGGAACUGGUGGGCAGCUUGAAGAGUGCGGUUGUGCAAGUGAGUGAGAAGAUCAAUGCUGUGGAAGGGACGGCAGGGGAGGCUGCUGCUGCUGCUGUUGCUGCUGCGGCUGCUGCUGAUGGUGCUGCUGCCUCUGCUGCUGCUGCUGCAACUGCGGCCACUGCUACUGCUGCUGUUGCGUCACCUGCUGCUGUGACAGCAGCUGCUGCUGAUGUGACUAGCAAGGUAGCAGUGAGUGAGAGUGGGGGAGAGGAGGAGGAGGUGAGGGAGGAGGAGAAGGUAGUGGUUGAGGAUGUGACAGGAGGAGCCCCGCUGAAGAGGCAGCAAGAACAAGAGUCAGCAGCCGCAGCAACAGCAGACAGUGUUGCUGGUGCUGCUGGUGCGGACCAUGCAGCAGCAGCAGCAUCAUCGUCAUCUGCUGCUGCAGACUCUGCAGCCGCUGCAGCAACAGCAGCUGCUGCAGCAGAAGCAGCCCUCGCAGCAGCAGUGGCCGCAGCAGAGAGCGCUGCUGCAAGGAAGUUAGCAGCUGUGCGGGAGGAAUGGUCCAAGGAGAUUGUGGAGUCAGUAUCUGCUGAUGUGUCAGCAGCUAAGGAAGCAGCAGACAGGCUCGGAGACCGGCUCGACGAGAGGUUCGGGACGCUGGAUGAGAGGCUCGGUACGCUGGAUGGGAGGUUUGGGGCGCUGGAUGAGAGGUUCAGCGAGCUGGAGGAACGGGUGGCGGAAACCGAGGCUAGAGCCGUGGCUCGGGAUGGUACUGUGUGCUCUGUGGAGGCUAAGCUGGUAGCGCUGCAAGACGAUGUGGAGGGGAGGGGUGAGGCGGUCAGCGAGCUGAGGAAACUAGUGGAGGAAGAGAAGGAAGCGAGGUGUGCGGAAGUGAGGGAGUUGAGGGAAAAGGUGGAGGGAGAGAGGGAGAGGGUGGGGGAGAAAUUGACGGAGCUCCGGGCUCAGGUGACUGCGGUGGAGACUUUUGCGGCUGCCCAGAAAGUGGAGCUCGGGCAGCAGAAGGAAAAGAUGUGGGAGCAGGAGGAGAAGCUUGAGCAGAUAGAGAAGAGGAUAGAGGAGAGUGCGAAGCAGCAGCAGGCGGAGACGGCCGAGGAGAGAGCUAAGGAAAAAGCAGCAAGUGCUCUUGCCGUUGAUGAAUUUCAGGAACAGGUCAAAGGGGUCAAAGCCAUGGUCAAGCAUCUCUCCGAGUCUGUCGACGAGGUUCGGAACGACAUGCGCCCCGUUUCCGACGCAGUGGUCGAGGUCCGGGUGUCCAUGGCGGAGGCUCGGAACUUGCAGCAGGAGACGGAGGAGACGGUAGGGAGGCUGAGGAGCAAGGUGGACAGUGUGCAGGCGUCUGUGUUGGAGGUGCAAAAGGAAGCGGAGGAGAGCAAGGGUGAAGUGGAUAAGCUCAGGAAUGGUCUGCACGAGUGCAGGGAAGAGGUUGUGGAGAUCCGAACCAAGCUCGCGGACGUUUGGAAGCAGGGCGAGGAGGCUCGGGAGGCCCACGAGGGGCUUCAGGAGGAGCUCCGGGGAGCGAAAACGGAGCUUCGGGCGAGCAUUAGUGCCUUGGAGACAGGCUUGGAGGAGGUUCGGCAGACGGUGACUUUGGCUCGGGAGGAUAUUUCCACCUUCCAGGAAAGUGCUGAUUGCACUGACAACGAGGUUGCUUCGAUCAAGGAUCAGGUUCGGUCGAUUCAAGACGACGUGGGUCUGGUUCGGAAGGAUUCUGUGCAGGUUCGAGUGGAUGUGGACUCGCUUCGGAUGGAGCUAGGCUCGGUGGAGCGGAGCCUGGAGUCCACGGCUCAAAAGACAGCAGCUUCGGAAGAGGAGAUCCAGGAGGUUCGGCAAAACAUGCUGUCAGCGGUUCGGACAGAAGUGGACAAGGUUCGGGAGAGUCUGGGGGAGGUUCGGGAGGAGGUGAAGGAGGUCCGGGUGGAUAUGGUUCGGGCAGAGGAAAAAGCCACGGCAACUCUGAAGGACGCGGAAACAUCUGCCCGCAAAGCACUGCAAUCCCUGCAAGGGGAAUUCAAGAGUGAAAUAGCCGGUGUGACAAAGGAGGUGACACUGGUUCGAGAGGAAGCGGAGAAUCUAGGCCAUCGAGCCGAGAUGACAGAUUCCCUCACGUCUUCUCUCACCGACAGCAUUGGGCAGGCUCAGAACGACAUCCUGGAGCUUCGGAAGGAGGUUACCACCGCCCAGACCGAAGCUGGGGAGGCUCGGAAGGAGCUGGAGGCGAGCCUCCGAGCCACAGCGGGAGGUCUGGAGGAGAAGAUUGAGGAGACCCGGCAGCAGAUUGGGAUGAAAGCAGAAGCGGUGCAAGCAGAGGUUAAAGGAGUGCAGAGCGAUUUCCAUGAGAAGGUGGGCGAGAUAAAGUCAGUGCUCAGGGAAGGUGAGGAGGCGCAGGCUUUAAGGGUUGUUGCCCUGGAGAACAAGCUUUCUGCAGUGGUGGCAGGCGGUGAGGAGGCAGUGAGUGCGGUGGCGGCACGGGUGAACCAGAUAGCGGAUGAAGUCGCAGAUGUGGCGAAUAGAGGCGAGCAGCACGCGGCGGACGCAGCAGCAGCGAUCGAACGGACCGAGAAGGAGCUCGCAGCCGCAGUGGCGUCAUCGGCAGCAGCAGCCGCGGCGGAACGAGAGGUGAUCACCGAGCGGGUGGAUACCCUGGAGGUGGCUGCAGAAGAGGGGAGGAAGCGGGCCGACGCAGCUGACGCAGCAAUCAAAGCGGUCCAAGCCGAGGUCGUGGCCGACAGGCAGAAGGCGGAGGAGCGAGCCGUGGAGGACGAGCUCCGGAAAUGGAACGAUGCAGAGAAGACCACAGCCCUGCAGGGCGACGUGGCGGCCCUGCAGCAGCGGCAGGGCGAGCAGGAGCGUGAGCUGAAGCGGCAGGAGGAGGAACGACUCGCCGCAGCCCAGAAGAUGUUGACGCGGCUGCAGGCGGACGUGAGGGCGCUGGUGGAGAAGCUGGAGGAGGUGGUACGGGAGGAGCAGGCGGGCGUGCGGGGGGAAAUGAAGAGCGCCGUGGAGGACUUGCAGGGCGGGCUGGCGGCUGUAAGGGGCGAGGUGGGGAAGCUGGAGGGGCAGCUCAGGGACGCCGAGGGGCGCAACCAGACAGCCAUUGCUGCCUGCCAAGAGGAGGAGCAGCGGCUGCUGGGCGUGUGCCGGGACAUGAAGGGGGAGAUCCAGCGCGUGGAGGGCGACCUGAACGCGCUCUCCAUGUCGCACAGCCAAGUGCUGGCGUACAUGCAGGCCAAGCAGGCCAAGGGCAGCGCCUUCAAGAAGUGGACCAUGCGCAACUCAGCCACGCGCUCAGAGGGUCCAUCCCCUCACGAGUCGCCACGCAAUCUACCCAAGCGCUGGUGGCCGCCGUCCCCUGCCACUGACACGCACAGCAGCAGACUCUCGGACACCAGCGAGGACUUCAGGGAUAGGGAGUGAGAAGCGUGUGUUUAUUAGACCAGCACGCACCCUCUCCCUCUCUCUCCCUCCUCGUCUUCCAUCCAGGCUUCAAGAAGUGGACCAUGCGCAACUCUGCCACGCGCUCAGAGGGCCCGUCUCCCCACGAGUCGCCGCGCAACCUGCCCAAGCGCUGGUGGCCGCCCUCACCUGCCACCGACGCGCACAGCAGCAUGCGCUCUGAUACCAGCGAUGACUUCCGGGAAAGGGAGUGAGAGGGGAGCUUUUUGUGGAGUGUCCAUGUGUAGGGGUUCGUUCGUGUGCUCUGGUGGUUGCCCUCCCACUGACAUACACAGCAGCAGCAUGCGCGCUCUGAUACCAGUGAGGGCUUUAGGGAUAGGGAGUGAGAGAGAGGUGUUUUCCUAGGACCAUGUAGGUUUUGUUCCAUGAUGGCAGCCCGGUGGAUGGAUGUUGAAGGGCGUUUGAUGUGUGCUUGUGGGUUUGUGCUUGUGGGCAUAUUUGUGGCUGGAUGGGCAUGUGGGAUGGAUGCUUGUUUUGGAUCCAAUGCGUGUAGAGAAUAUGCGUGUAGAGAAUAUGUGAGAUGGGGUUAUCCCCGUGCUAUGGAUGUGCCAUGAAGCGCAGUUUUUAGACAACAUUGGUAGCUAGAUGAAACUUUGCUCGCUAAGGUGGUCUGCGCAGUUUUACUUCUUUUGCUGCUCCGAUCUAGGUGUGUGGCAUGUGAGAACGAUAAUGCACUAUUUUGUACUA